UGCAUAAAAGUUAAAUUAGAACCUCGAUAAGGUCGACAUGCAAAUGAAACACUUGCUUUGAUCUCACUUUCAUUUUCAGAAAACCCUAAUAUAUAUUAGAACCCACCUUCUUCUUCUUCUUUCUCUCAUCCAAAACCUCUCUAAAUCGAUGGAGUUCAAGAUUGAUCCUACUACGGAUGCGGAUGGAGGAAGAAAUCGGCGCAAGACUGUUCAACUAAGCUCCGCCUCCACUUCCACCGUCUAUCUCUUCACAGGCUCCCUGUCAUCAGAUCUCAUUUCAGAAAUCAUAAUCAGACUUCCCGUCAAAUUCCUACUCCAAUUAAGGUGCGUAAGCAAAUCCUGGUGCACAUUGAUAUCUGAUCCCAUAUUCGUCAAGAAACAUCUUAAGGCUUCCACCCAAAAGUUGGAUUAUGCAGACCAUAGAAUUAUUAUGAACACCAUGACUAAUCCUUUCGUUUUGAAAACAUAUUCAAUGUCAUCUGUUUUUCAUGAUGAAUUUCCUAAUCCAGAUUUCCUCGAUUACCCAUUGAAUCACUUACAUCGUUUGGUUAAGAUAGUUGGUUCUGUGAAUGGGUUGCUUUGUCUCACUAUCGGCAAUGAUGAUGUCGUUAUAUGGAACCCAACUACUAGGAAAUCAAAGAGACUACCCAAAUCUGACUCUAAAAUGUAUCCAGGUCAAUACGUUGUAUAUGGGUUUGGCUAUGAUGAAGAUACUGAUGACUAUAAGGUGGUGGUUAUUACAUCUGAACUAAUAAGUUUUGAAUUCCCUUUGAAGUCUGAUAUUAAGGUUUAUGGGUUAAAGAGUGAUUCAUGGAGGAAGAUUGAAGGUUGCCCUAAAGACCUGCCAAUGAUUAAUGCAAGGGGGAUUUUUGUGAGUGGAUCACUUCACUGGAUUGCUGCAAGGAAUGGGGAAAUGGAUGAUUGGAGGAGUACUACUAUCCUCUCUUUCGAUGUGUCCAAAGAAACUUACUCUGAAAUAUUACAACCUCCUUAUGGGGAUGAGACUUCUAAUCCGGUUCUUGGGGUUUUAAGUGGAUGCCUAUUUCUGCUGCGUAAUGUUGAAGAGAUCAAAGGUGAGGUAUGGGUGAUGAAGGAGUAUGGAAAUGUUGAGUCUUGGUCUAAGUUGUUUUCAAUUCCGUAUCUUGAUGGUCCAAUUGAUUUCAACUCUACUUCGCCCAUAUAUAUUUUCAAGAAAAAUGAAGUGAUUUUGUUGUUAGGAUUCCGUAUGUUGUUGUUUAAUAUCAACAACAAUACGGUUAGGUAUCCCAACAUUAUGAUUUGCUCUAGUGUAGACACUUAUAUUGAGAGCCUAGUCUCUCCUUGUCUUGAAUGAUGUCAAUUCCCAUCAGUAGAUCGAGUGACGAUGAAACGAUGAUAAAAACAAUAUAUGUAUUUUGUUUGUUUUGAUUUCUUAUUCUCAAUUCUGAUGUUUUAUUUGUGUGUAUAUUGCAAUCAUAAAGCUUUUUGACCAGUA